CGGGCCCCACUGGCCGCGACGGAGGGGGCCACACCGGCUGUCGCCGCUUCGUCAUAAUUUAUAUCCCCGCACGGACCGGGAAGGAAUCAGCUCGGCGACGCCUCUCUUCUCGUCUUCGCUUCUAUGGAGGAAGUGGAGCUCCCGAGUCGCCUGGCGAUCUUGCCCUUCAGGAACAAGGUUCUCUUGCCCGGAGCGAUCAUCCGGAUCCGCUGCACUUCUCCAAGCAGUGUGAAACUGGUAGAGCAAGAGCUGUGGCAGAAGGAGGAUAAGGGUUUGAUCGGUGUUCUUCCAGUUAGGGACGCUGAGGCUGCGACUGUGGGUUCACUGAUAGCUCCAGGAAUGGGCAGCGAUUCCGAGGAGCGCGGGCUGAAAGGAUCUGCUGAUGCUGUGGGAGAUUCUCAGAAGCAGGAUGGGAAGAACCCACAGGAACUUAUUCAUUGGCAUAACAGGGGUGUUGCUGCUAGAGCUCUGCAGCUCUCUAGGGGAGUUGAAAAACCAAGUGGCAGGGUCACAUACAUUGUUGUUCUUGAGGGGUUAUGUAGGUUUAGUGUUCAGGAACUCAGUGCAAGAGGAACCUAUUAUGUUGCACGUAUCAACCGCCUUGAUUUAACAAAAUCUGAGCUGGAGCAAGCUGAACAAGAUCAAGAUCUUAUUUUGCUGUCUCGCCAAUUUAAAGCUGCUGCAAUGGAGUUAAUUUCUAUUCUUGAGCAGAAGCAGAAAACUGCUGGUAGGACAAAGGUUCUUCUUGAGACAGUUCCAGUGCAUAGGUUGGCAGACAUUUUUGUUGCCAGCUUUGAAAUAAGCUUCGAGGAGCAAUUGUCAAUGCUGGAUUCAGUUGAUUUGAAAGUUCGGAUCACAAAGGCCACUGAACUAGUUGACAGACACUUGCAGUCAAUUCGUGUUGCAGAAAAGAUAACUCAAAAGGUAGAGGGCCAGUUAUCAAAGUCACAGAAAGAAUUUCUUCUCAGACAGCAGAUGAGAGCUAUUAAGGAGGAGCUUGGUGACAAUGAUGAUGAUGAAGAUGAUUUGGCUGCCUUGGAGAGAAAAAUGCAGAGUGCUGGAAUGCCUCCUAAUGUAUGGAAGCAUGCUCAAAGAGAACUGAGGCGUCUGAGAAAAAUGCAGCCUCAGCAGCCCGGAUAUAGUAGCUCACGUGGAUACUUAGAACUUUUGGCCGAUCUUCCUUGGCAGAAUGUUAGUGAAGAACCUGAACUUGACUUAAAAGCUGCCAAAGAGAGUCUUGACCGUGAUCACUAUGGGUUAGUUAAAGUUAAGCAACGGAUAAUUGAGUAUCUUGCUGUUAGAAAGCUUAAACCAGAUGCCCGAGGCCCUAUCCUUUGUUUUGUUGGGCCGCCUGGAGUUGGAAAGACGUCAUUAGCAUCAUCAAUUGCUACUGCUCUAAAUAGAAAAUUUGUACGGAUAUCUCUUGGUGGUGUCAAGGAUGAGGCAGAUAUCAGAGGUCACCGGAGGACAUACAUUGGAAGCAUGCCAGGGCGCCUUAUUGAUGGAUUGAAGAGAGUUGCUGUUAGCAAUCCAGUAAUGCUGCUUGAUGAAAUUGAUAAAACCGGUUCUGACGUUCGGGGAGAUCCAGCAUCAGCAUUGUUGGAAGUUCUUGAUCCUGAGCAGAACAAAACUUUCAAUGAUCAUUAUUUGAAUGUUCCCUUCGACCUAUCAAAAAUUAUUUUUGUUGCAACUGCAAAUAGAGUUCAACCCAUUCCCCCGCCACUUUUAGAUCGAAUGGAAGUCAUUGAACUUCCUGGCUAUACACCUGAAGAAAAGCUAAAGAUAGCAAUGAAGCAUCUUAUACCACGUGUGUUAGAGCAGCAUGGAUUAAGCUCUGAAUUUCUUCAAAUACCUGAGGAUAUGGUCAAGAUAAUAAUUCAGAGAUACACUAGAGAAGCUGGUGUACGUAACCUGGAAAGGAACUUAUCUGCUCUGGCUCGUGCAGCUGCGGUUAUGGUUGCAGAGCAGGAUUGUAACAUUCAGUUUAGCAAAGAUGUGCAGCCAAUGACAACUUCUUUACUCGACUCAAGACUUGCUGACGGUGCUGAAGUUGAAAUGGAAGUUAUUCCUAUGAAUGACAAUAGACCAGAGAUAUCUAAUGCUUUCGCAAGUGCCUCAGUGCUGGUGGUAGACGAAUCUAUGCUGGAAAAAGUGCUUGGGCCUCCCAGAUAUGAUGACAGUGAAACCGCAGAACGAGUAGCUACUCCAGGAGUAUCUGUUGGGCUUGUUUGGACAUCCUUCGGUGGAGAGGUUCAAUUUGUUGAAGCCACAGCAAUGGUGGGCAAGGGCGACUUGCAUCUUACAGGACAACUUGGUGAUGUUAUUAAAGAAUCAGCUCAAAUAGCUCUUACAUGGGUGAGGGCGAGAGCAGCAAAUCUUAAGCUGUCCACUGCAGGCGAAAUCAAUAUUUUAGAAAAUCAAGAUAUUCAUAUCCAUUUUCCCGCUGGUGCUGUGCCCAAGGAUGGACCUUCGGCCGGAGUUACUUUAGUGACUUCAUUAGUCUCACUGUUUAGUCAAAGAAAAGUUAGAGCAGAUACUGCAAUGACUGGUGAGAUGACACUCAGAGGUCUUGUAUUACCUGUGGGUGGUAUCAAGGAUAAGGUAUUGGCCGCGCAUCGUUAUGGCAUCAAACGAGUUAUAUUGCCUGAACGAAAUCUGAAGGAUUUGACUGAAAUUCCAUCCCAAAUUCUUUCCAGCAUGGAGAUAUUGCUCGUGAAGCGAAUAGAGGAUGUGCUGGAGCAUGCAUUUGAAGGUGGAUUCCCUUGGAGACGACAUUCAAAGUUAUAGCAUCACAUGCAUCUUCCAUUGCCAAGCACACGAUGAUCGAUAUGCAUCCCAGACCUACGGUGGAGACACAAACACACAUGCGAUAGGUAAAUACAAAUCACCUGGAUUAACUACUAGUAAAUGUACAAACUGAAGGUCAUGUUCCAGGUCCAACACUAAGUCACAGAGUAACUCUAAUCCUGUAUCACUAUUUUAUUUAUACCCAAAUGCUACUUUGCGGUGUGUGACGGAGAUCAAUAUGACUUUGUAAAUGAUAAUAUUUGAACUGAGCUUGCCUUCUAAA